AUGACCCAGGUUAACCAAAAAGUCCAAACACAAAAUCAAGAAUGCCUGAGGACUAAUAUCAGGGAAAAUGCACAGCAGCUGAAAGAUCACGACAAGAACAUCCAAUUCCUGUUGUCCAGGAUUGAAGACCUGGACAACAGAGGAAAUAUGAUGCUGGUUGCACUAAUUUGCCUUUUAACUUUUCUGCCGAACGCAACUGUACAGGCUGACGCAUUACUAGGAUCCUUACUUGUUGAACAUGCCAGUACAAGAUUUAGACGUGCUGCCAGUUCAACUUCUUCAUCUGGAAGGCCAGUUUCUAUUCCAACUGAAAACAUCUUAAACAUGGCUAAUGUGCCAUUUUCUACACUGUCCACUAGUAAUUCAUCAGUAAGAAAUAUCAUAGUUGACACACACAAUAAUUUAAGAAGAAAAGCCAGCCCUCCUGCAAAAAACAUGUUGAAAAUGAUCUGGAAUAAUGAAGCAGCAAAAACAGCUGAACGAUGGGCAAAAACGUGCACUCAACAUCACAGUCCAACUGAAGUUAGACAAAUCCCAAAUUUUGGUUGUGGAGAAAACCUAUUCUUAUCCUCAUUUAAGGCCUCCUGGAAGGAUGUAAUUGAAUCAUUUUAUAGUGAAGUUGUAGAUUUUCAAUUUGGAAAAGGAGCAAAGAUUGAUGGUCAGGAGAUCGGACACUAUACUCAGGUUAUGUGGUACAGUUCAUACCAGGUUGGAUGCUAUGUUGUAGAAUGCCCCAGCAGUCAAUAUCAAUAUUAUUAUGUUUGUCAUUACUGUCCAUCAGGAAAUAAUGUCAAGUCUAUGGGGAAUCCCUAUGAAAUUGGAUCUCCUUGUGGAGCCUGUCCUAAUGGUUGUGACAAUGGACUAUGCACGAAUUACUGCAGAGUUCAAGACUAUUACGGCAACUGCAAGGACUUCAAGGGGUCGUGUAUAACUGAUGCAUCAGUUCGGAAAGAUUGCCCUGCUACCUGCCAGUGCAAUAACAAUGAAAUAAAGUAG